AUGAAGGCCCGGAGGAACGAGAGCAGCAAGAAACCUCGUUGCGGGGGAGCAGCGGCGGCGUGGCUUCUGGUUCCGCUGCUCGUUCUCAUCGUGCUCAAGACUGAUUCCCUGCCGCAGCUCGCACGCCUUAGAGAGACCAUCGUAACCCAAGUUUCAGUUGAAACGGUUAGUGAACAUGAGCUGCGUUCCAAAGUUUCGUCUUCAGGUUUAGAGCGUGAAAAAAUAUGGCAGCAGCAGCAACAACUAGUUGAAGCAGCCAAGUUCAAAGACGCGGAACGUUUGCCGAAGACAACUGAUUCGGUCGCCGAAGCACCACCAUCUCCUGCAUCAAGCGACGAGAUCGCCAGCCAUGGCGUCGAUGGGAUCAAAGAUCUGAAAGAUGAAAAGAAUAUUCUUGCCAUGAACGGGGAAGUGGAUGGUUCUUUGCGAAAUUCAGAUGUGGCAACACCAAGAAGCAGCAAGUUAAGCUGCAACUUCAGCAGCGAGCGCAUGGACGUCUGCGCCAUGGACGGCGACAUCCGUGUGCACGGCAAAUCCGCCACCGUCUACGUGGUCGCCGCCUCCAACGACAGCUACCGGCCGGAGAACGGGACGGUCACCAUCCGCCCAUACUCGCGCAAGUGGGAGAUAAGUACUACGAUGCAGAUGGUCCGAGAGGUGAGAGUCACCACGGACGACACCGCCGCGCCACAGUGCACGGUGACGCACGCCGUCCCGGCGGUGGUAUUCUCCACCGGUGGCUACAGCUACAACUUCUUCCACACCAUGACCGACCUCGUCAUCCCCCUCUUCAACACGGCACGGGAGUACGACGGCCACGUCCAGCUCCUCGUCACCGACUUCGACCGCACGACGAUCUUCAAGCUCCGGCACUUCCUCGGCAAGCUCUCCGACUUUCCGGUAAUCGACUUCGAUGCCGACGACGCCGUGCGCUGCUUCCCCGCGGUGCGCGUCGGCAUCGAGAGCCACAAGGAGCUAGGGAUCAUCCCGGCCCUGUCCCGCAAGGGCUACACGAUGAAGGACUUCCAGGACUUCCUCCAGUCGGCCUACUCGCUGAAGCGCGCGUGGGCGACCCCGGCAAACCGGAGCUCCGGGCAGCGGCCUCGUCUUCUCAUGAUGCAGCGCCGGAAGUCGAGGGCGCUCACCAACGAGGAGGACGCCCUGGCGGCGGCGAGGGACGUUGGGUUCGAGGUGGUGGUCGCUGGGCCGGAGGUGGUGAAGAACAUGGCCCAGUUCGCGGAGGUGGUGAACUCGUGCGAUGUGAUGGUGGGUGUGCACGGCGCCGGGCUGACCAACCUGGUGUUCCUCCCGCGCAGCGCCACCGUGGUGCAGAUCGUGCCGUGGGGCGAGAUGAAGUGGGCGUGCUGGUCCGCCUUCCGCGAUCCAUUGCCGGACAUGGGGCUCCGGUACGUCGAGUACGAGGUGACGGCGGACGAGACGACGCUCAAGGACGUGUACCCGAGGGACCACGCCGUCUUCACCAACCCUUUAGCCAUACACAAUGAGGGGUUCGGCAAGAUGUGGUCCAUCUUCCUCGAAGGCCAGAAUGUCACCAUUGACAUCGGCCGCUUUACAGGGGUCAUGCGGCAGAUCUACCAGUUCGUCACCAUCUCAUAG